GAUUGAGAACCAUUAUCUUGCAGCCAGGGAGCGACCGGCAGCGAGUGUGUGUAUACGUGACAAACAGAUUCAGAACUGGUCGAAGAGAACGCUAGAAAAUUUAGUUAAUUUCCCAAUGAAAUGAAUACAUAAAGCGAUGUGAGAUUUCGAGAGCAAUUAAUGGGCAAGCAAGAGUGUGUGUAGGAGCCGAACGCAGUCUGCGGCGCGAUCGGCCUUGAUAAGAAGCCAAGUGGUGGGCUGACAACACUGCUGACAACUCUGAGCUGACAACACUGGGCAAUCGUCAGCCACCCCACGCCGCCCUCGAGCUGUUCGCCAUGGCUUCGAGGGACCGACGACGUACCACCAUGAGCCUCCUCGACCCCCUUCCCUAGACAACACCUGUUAUUACCAAUCAUUCCACUUUGCACAAUCCAUUCUCAGCCUGUGAUACUGUGGUCGGGUGCGCCACUGUGUUCUUAUAAGAGGAAAUUUCCACAGUUCCUCUCAGCUCACAUCCAGCACCGCAUCCUCAUCUCCUCGAAUUCCCCUUCAACCUCGCGACGGUGAAAGCCACAUGGGCGUCACUGCGAGGUCUUCCGUCAGCAUUAUGACCCCCACUCUCUUUCAAGACACGUGUAGUGCUGCCUCAUCGAGCGUUCUGCCACUGUGUGCCGAGGUCCCUUUGACCCCGUAAGCUAGCCACCACCACCAUCCUCGAAUUGUAAUUUGUUGUUGAGUCCCGAAAUGGCAGAGCGCCUCCAUCCCUGCGACGAUGAGGCGUCCACACCCCUUCUCAGCACGCCCCUGUCUCUGUCCACCAUCACACCAGAUCACUUGCCGCCCCGGCCCACCACACCCACCCUCACCGUCACACCGCCUCUCUCUGAAGCCUCACUCUCCACUACCAGCCUGCCUCAGCCGCACAUUAACACGACUCCCAUCACCAACUCUUUACAAACAGCUGUCACUAGCUCUCUGCCAUCGUCAUCGACUUGCACCAACACCACUUACUGCCUGUCGUCGCCUGUGACGUGUUCCACAAGCUUGCCCUGCACUGUGACAAUAUCUGCGGGCAUCUCUCAGUCUCUGUCAGAUGUUUCUAUCUCUUCCACGACGUCCUCGUACUCUCCCCCUGCCACGCCCCUGCUUGUGCCCAUGUCCUCUUCCUUUGCACCUGUGAUCUACCUCCGCCAAAACACCCCCGAGACCACCCCGGCCGCUUCUCCUGCCGCCUCUCCCACCAUCCCCUGCAGGCCCUUCCCCGAACCCUCUACCCCUUCCGCCCCUGCGCCGGGAACAGCCACUACCACCCAUUUACAACAUGACCCCCUGACGACACCCCCUAACAACUGCGACAGUUCCUUCAUCCCUCCCGCGCCUUCGACGGAUCCCACUGACUCCUCGGAUCCGCUCGACACGGAAACUGGCGACGACGAUGGCGAUGACGAGGAAGCGAGUAAGAGCGUAGGAUGUGUGGGGGGACUAACGCGCAGGGUGACACACCGACCCUCUCUGCUCACCCCUGCACCCGAACAGCACCAACGACGUGCUUCCCUGCUGUCCACGCUCUCCGUGUCACCCAGCACGGGGAGGCGUCCGUCUCUUGUCUCACUGCUGAGCGUCACGCCAUCCCUUGCCGCACGCCGUUUCUCCUUCAGCAUCGGUGCUCACGCCCGGUCGGACCAGAUGGUGUCGUUGAGCUUCAAGUCUCUAGAGUCGUACAUCUCGGAGGAUAACCUGACGGGGCUGCAGUCCUUCCUCGCCUCCCGCUCCGUGGUCAUCGACGACAAGGACGAGAAUGGCUCGACGGCGCUCAUCCUGGCGGCCAGCAAGGGCAAGCCGGAGUUCUGCAAGGAGUUGCUGCUGCACGGAGCCGACGUCAACGCCGAGGACAACGAUCAGUGGUCGGCCCUCAUUACGGCAGCGAAGGAUGGGUAUGAGGAGACGGUGGCGACACUCCUCGACAAUGGAGCCAACAUUAAUGCAAAGGACAUGGGCGGAUGGACAGCGCUCAUGUGGGCGUGUUACAAGGGUCAUACGAACCUGGCCAGACUGCUCCUGGCUCGGGGAGCAGACUCGAACACGCAAGGGCAGCACCACAUGAGCUCCCUCGUGUGGGCGUCCGGCAGGGGACACACGGCCAUCGUCAGGGAGCUCCUCGCACACGGGGCCAAGGUCAACAUCGGCGACAAGUUCGGCACGACGCCGCUCAUCUGGGCGUGUCGGAAGGGCUACUACGAGAUCGCCGAGGAGCUGCUCAAGCACGGGGCCAGCGUGGAUGCCUCCGGGAUGUACUCUUGGACACCAUUACUGGUAGCAACAAAGGGCAACUAUGUAGAUUUGGUGAAUCUUCUGCUGGAACAUCGGCCCAACCUUAAUGCCCUCGAUAAGGAUGGUGGCACAGCCCUUACUAUAGCUUGCAAGGAAGGUUAUACCGAAAUUGCCACAUCUCUACUCAAUGCUGGAGCCUAUGUCAAUGUACAGGAUAGAAACUGUGAUUCCAACCUCAUUCAAGCAGCAAGAGGAGGCCAUAAAGCAGUGGUAGAAGCAUUGCUUAAAAAGUACGCUGAUGUAGACUUGGUAGGGAAGGAGAGGAAAACUGCUCUCUAUUGGGCUGUUGAGAAAGGCCAUACUUCUGUUGUAAAGGUGCUAUUGAGUGCCAACCCAGACCUAGAGCACACCACCAAGGAUGGAGACACAGCUCUUCUCAGAGCAGUGAGGACCAAGAAUGCAGAGGUAGUGCAGCUGCUGGUGGACAAGAGGGCACGAGUUUCUGUAGCAGAUAAAAAAGGAGACACUGCCCUUCACAUAGCCAUGAGAGGUCGAUCUAAGAGGAUAGUAGAAAUAUUAUUAAGGAACCCAAAGAACAGUCAACUUUUGUAUCGUCCUAAUCGUUCUGGUGAGACUCCGUACAAUAUUGACCUGUCAAACCAGAAGACAAUCCUUGGGCAGAUUUUUGGUGCCCGUCGUUUGAACACAAAUGAGGACAACGAGAACAUGCUGGGUUAUGACCUCUAUUCUUCCUCUAUGGCAGAUAUCCUUAGUGAGCCUUCUCUUUCAAUGCCUAUAUCUGUUGGCCUUUAUGCUAAAUGGGGUUCUGGAAAGUCUUUCCUUAUUCGCAAACUCAAAGAGGAGAUGUGUAGUUUCGCUCGCCAGUGGGUAGAACCUCUAUUCCAGUUCUCCCCUUUGGUGGUGCUGGUUGUAGUGCAUCUCUCCCUCUUGGUGGGACUCAUAGCAGCCGUUCCUACCAUUUCAUGGGAGAUAGGUUUGGCUGCAGGUGGAUCAGUGUUCCUUGUCAUUACGCUCUUCCUUGUGGCAGUUUGGCACGGCUCUAGAAGAUAUGACUGGCAUUUGUGGUAUAGAUGGAGUGUGGCAUUAGCACAUCAAGUGGCAGCCUUUAAGUUAGUUCUUCAGGUAAUCUUCUGUUCACCUCCCGGACCACAGUGGAAAGAAUGGAAGGAUGGAGUGCAAGCUAGACCUCUAAAGUUCAUUUUUGCGGAGGGAGCCAAGCCCAGCAGUACAGCAGGGGGUGAAAACUCUGUGGUGCAGAUGUUGGGAUCUCUCUUUGAUAUGGUAGAAAAAGAAUAUGGCAUGUUUGCUACCAGAUUCUAUCGGGCAUUUAGACCUAAACCUCAGGGUGUGUCAGCACCAUGGAAAUAUCGCCGGUUAUGCUGUAUGCCUUACAUUGUUAUCUUCUUUGUUACACUCUUCUGUCUUGUAACAGUAUUUGUAAUUGGUGGACUCUUUGGGUUCCAUGAACAAACAUAUGACAACACUACUGAGUCAAGUAUUUCUAAAAGAGAUACAAUAGAUGAUGAGGAUGAUGAUGCAAGCGGAGAAUCUAGUGAAGAAGCCCCAUAUGUUGACACGCGACCAUACCAUGGCGCUCUCAUGAACCCUCUGUUGAUCACCUUGGGAGUCUUGGCUGCAGUGGUUGUGGUUGCCAACCUGCACACCCUUGCCAGGAUGUUUGGUUCCCUUAUCUUCUCUCACCGCCGCCAUCUCAUCCGUCGUGUGGCGAAGCUUGAUACCAUCAAAGCUGAAGGGUAUCUACAAACCCUCAAGAGUGAGGUCAACCUUAUGGUGGAGAUGGUGAAGUGCCUCGAUGCCUUUACAGCCCAGCAAACAAGGCUUGUGAUUGUGGUGGAUGGCUUAGACAGUUGUGAGCAGGAGAAGGUGCUGUCUGUUUUAGAUGCAGUACACACACUCUUCACCGACUCCUCAGCUCCCUUCAUCAUUUUACUUGCCAUUGAUCCUCACAUCAUUACCAAAGCUAUAGAGCUCCAUGUUCAUCGGGUAUUCAAUGAAUCUUCCAUCAGUGGGCAUGACUACCUUAGGAACAUUGUCCACCUGCCGUUCUACCUACAGAACUCUGGGCUGCGCAAAGUCAAGCAGGCACAACAGGCAGCUGAGAAGACCAGGGGAAGAUCACAGAGCAUGUGGCUAGAGGUAGAGACAGACUCUGUAAGCAUUGCCACAACCUCUGCUAUGGGUGGCAUUAGCCAUAUACCGUUAAAACGUGCAAUAUCCAGCGAAAGCGGAUUCAAUUUCUCCAUUCCUGCUAAUCGUCGCAUGUCAUCAGAGAGUGGUCUAAGUUCUUCCCAAAACCUUAGAAGAAAUAAUAGCAAGAGUAGCAGGAGAACUCUCAGGCCAUCAGAUUCUGUUGCUUCCAGUAUAGGCUCUAAUCUCAAUAGGGUUGGAGGUGCUCAGGAUCUAACAAAGGUGUUAUUAACAGAUGAUUACUUUAGUGACAUAAAUCCAAGAUCAAUGCGAAGGUUGAUGAAUGUUGUUUACAUCACUGGCAGGUUGUUAAAGGCAUUCCACAUAGAUUUCAACUGGUAUCACUUAGCUUCAUGGAUUAAUAUUACUGAGCAGUGGCCAUACCGUGCUUCAUGGCUCAUCCUGUUUUAUGAGGCCAAUGAGGACACCCUAGAUGAUAAGUGCUCUCUGAAGGAUCUCUUUGAAAAAAUCAAGAACCAGGUUCCAAAUUCCAAGGAAGUUGAGCCUCUCUUGGAGAUGGACAAAGAGGAAAAGAAAUUUGAAAUCUUUCUCUCUAUGCACAAAAGUUCCUUACAUGUAUCAGACCUCAAAGUCUUCCUUCCAUUCACCAUUAACCUGGAUCCAUUCAUUAGAAAGGUAAUCAAGGAGGAUCAGCCACAAUUUGAUGACAUGGGACCACAGUUCACCGCCAAUCCUACUAGUCCUUGGUCCUUCCAACAGUAUGACCCACAGAGUAAAGUUACUACGACUCCAAGGAGACCAGUAAGAGGCAAUCAGAAGAACUCUACAGCCACCAUGCCACCCAUGAAUCCACUCAUGUGGGGUUAUGGUCCACCAUUCCUUCCUUCCAUCCAGUCAGCCCCAUCAGUUGACUACAACCCUGUUCCCAUGAAUAUGAACACUGCUUCAAAUACUGCCAGUUUGCCACCUGAAGCUGCAGAUAAGAAGCUCUCCAGCUUGUCCAUUGAAGGUUUGUUUGAGAUAUUCAGCAAGGUUGAAGGUGUUUCCACAGGCAUGCUGUCAUCCUACAAAGAAAGAUUCAUUGAGCAUAAUAUCAAUGGAAAAGUUCUGCUGCACUGUGAUCUGGAUGACCUGAAGAAGGUUUUGCAUAUGAAUUUCGGAGACUGGGAGUUGUUCCGUGUUCUGGUGCUGGGCUUAAGGGAGCGUGAAGCAGAUGAGGAGUUUAUUGCUAAAAACGUCAGAUUCGCUGAUACGCACAUUCAGCGGAAUGAUUCUCAGGACCUAGAGGACAGCGCGGCUCCAAGUAGUCUGUUGAGCACUUCCAGUGGUGAAGGUUCUCUCAUGCGAAGGGGGUCAAGUCGGGCGUCAUCCACCAUGAGCAGUAACAAGGACAGAGAAGACCUUCAUGGAUCAGUCCGAAAAGUUACUAAGCAAAAUCUCCUAGCAAAGCAGGCAUCGCUCAAUGAGGCGUACCAGGCAUCCGACACUGAAGAAGAUCACAUCUUUACACCAGUCAAAGAGAAGCAGCUGUGGGUCUAACAACGGCAGCUGUGACAAGAUGAACAUCAACACCGGGAGUGGGUCUAAUAACCAGAAGCUCUGCUUCAAAUGUGUGUUCAUGUUUGAAAGUGGUUAUGGUACAAGUAUGAAAAGCUGCUGUAUGAGUAGAUUCGACUGCGACAAAACUUCCCAACAAGACGGUACAUUACGAGAGACAUCUGAACUGAAUUACUAGUUUUGAUCUCAAUGUACAGUUCACAAGUUAAUCAUUAUAUAUGUUGUGGUGUUCAAUCCCUGUGAUGGUGAGCGGACGAGAAGUCAGUCAGGAGGCCAGUGAGCUCCACCCCUUCCUUGGACUCCUUGCGAGAUCCUGCAAGCCACUUGGGUUCUGCACAGACUACAUGCGAGGUUCAACUGGGCUCAGCGAGGGACCAGCGUUCAUCGUGCUGUAUUAUUUUCUGCUGGAUUCCUUUUCAAAUCCAAAUGUUAAGUUCACAAAGAUGAUGGCAACAUCAUAUCAAUAAUGUGAUAAUGAAGUUUAUUUACAAACUCUUUUUUUAUUUGUGAUUGUACAAUAUGUAUGGGAUCAUCGUUGAAGUCUAGAUGCUUAUGCAUUUAUGUGAUUAUAAGAUUUAAUUUUCUAAAUCAGUUCACAAGAAGUAUUUCCUGAGAAGUGUUGUUUCUGUGUUUGUAUUUUGUAUGUGAAGCAAUGUUUAUACCAACUUGUCUCUUGUUACCAAUUGUUACCAUAAUUUUAUUCACAAUAGCUGUGAUAUUUGCUGUAAUUAUAUUAUUCCAUACAUUCUCAUUGUGAUUAAUAUAUAUUAUUUGAUUAGUAAUUCAUUUUAUACUUCAAUUUUUUAUCCUAUUGUUUAGUUUUAGUCAAUGAAAGUAAUGCCAGCAGUUGAAAAUAAAACAUUAUUUUGAGUUUGUUUUCCUCCAAACUUUGUCCUCAAGGUUUUGAAAUAAUGAUCAUGUCCAUUUGCAUUUGGUAAUACUCAACUGAGACUACUAAUCACACUCCUUUAUGGACAGGAUAUUUACCUUUCACAUGGAAAGACAAGCCAUGUGGAACGAAGAUUAAAUGCACUCAAAAUGAGAAAGUUUGUGAAGUUUGAAAUCAUACUGUGUAACAUGCAGUGAAAUAGUCUUAGGGUACCAAGUGAAAUGUGUUCUUUCUUAAUUUUACUCAGGAGUAUCUUAUUUUUUGUAUUUUUUUUUCUCAUGGAUUUCUUUAUCAUGACAACAAAGUUUGCUUUUGUCUAAAGACUAAAAUGAGGAUGAUUUAUAAAACUCUUGUAAAAGCUUUUGCAACCACAUUGUUUUCCAUUAAAGCUGCAUUGCAUGCAAUGGCAUGGAGGAAACUGGUCUAAAAUCUUUGUUUUUUUUAAUAUUAUCCAUAAGA